GAGGAGGAGGAGGAGGAGGAGGAGGAGUAAAGAGCUAAUAGCAGUACAUUUCUUCAUAAUUGCUUUGGUAUUUGUCCAAGAAGAAGAAAAGAAAGGAAGAAGAAGAAGAAGAAGAAGAAGAGGAAGAAGAAGAAGGAAAGGAGGAAAGAAUAAAGAAAGAAAGAAAGGAAGGAACAGGCAAUAAUCCCUAAACUCUUAAUAAUAAUAAUAAUAAUAAUAAUAAUAAUAAUAAUAAUAAUAAUAAUAAUAAUAAUAAUAUUAAUAAUAAUAAUAACAAUAGCAACAACUUAGAUUAAUAUUUACAUUCAGAAAAACAAGGAAAAUAUAUAAAAACAAAUCAGGAAAUCAAAGAACUACUAUUACUACAACAACAACAACAACAACAACAACAACAACAACAACAACAACAACCACAACAAUGACAACAAUGCAAGAACUACUACUACAAAACGCUAACCAACCCACAAUAUACCACAACCCAACCACCACUACCACCACCACCACCAUUACCACCACCACCACCACAUACACAACACCUGCGAUCUCAUACACGAUGCUCACUGGAGGAACGGACGCAGGAGAUGAGGAGGAGGAGGAGGAGGUGGGCGCGACUGACGUAAUGAGAGAGGUUAUGAGAACUAUGAAUGAGUCUCGGUACUGGGGGGAGCUUAACUUAAGUGAGAGGGUUAAUGGCAGUGCAGUCUUGGAGGGAGGAGAUGAAGUGCCCUUGGAAAUGAUGUUCAACACGUCUCAUAUCAUUACCAUCACCGCGUACACCUGUCUGUUCGUCCUCUCCGCUCUUGGAAAUAUAUCUGUGCUGAAGAGUAUUGCUGGGCACAGAUGGCGCACCUCCACCUCGCGUGUCACCCUCAUGAUCCUGCACCUCACCAUUGCCGACCUACUAGUGACCUUUCUGCUCAUGCCCCUGGAGAUUGGAUGGGCGUGGACAGUAUCGUGGGAGGCGGGGGACCUUGCCUGCCGUGUUCUCGCCUUCUUCAGAACCUUCGGCGUGUUUCUUAGCGGUUUCCUCCUCAUUGUUAUCAGUGUGGACAGGUACCACGCAGUUCUUCGGCCCCUGACGGUGACGGAGGCGAAGAGGCGGGUAAGGCUGAUGCUCUGGGGCGCCUGGACUGCCUCUGGGGUCUGCUCCCUUCCCCAGGCCGUCAUCUUCCACGUGGAGACACACCCCCAGCACGAGUGGUUCCGGCAAUGUGUCACGUUCAAUAGCUUUGCCACGCCCACGCACGAGCUUCUAUACAAUAUAUCGGGGUUUAUCUUCAUGUACGCCCUACCGCUUGCCACCAUCAUCUUCUGCUACGGCUCCAUUGUCAUCGCCCUCUACAGGAAAGACCUGACAUCGAUGGAGGAGUGUGGAGGCGGAGGCGGAGGCGGAAGCGGAGGAGGAGGAGGAGGAGGAGGAGGAGGAGGAGGAGGAGGAGGAGGAGGAGGAGGUGGAGGAGGAGGAGGAGGGACACUUGGAAGAGCGAAGACCCGCACCCUCACUAUGACUCUUACUAUAGUCACCGUUUUCUUUCUGUGCUGGACUCCCUACAACGUGAUGAGUCUGUGGUACUUCAUAGACAGAAACAGCGCACAGACAGUCGACCCCCGCAUACAGGCAGCUCUCUUCAUCUUCGCUGUUGCCAAUUCUACAGUGAACCCUUUGGUCUACGGCUAUUUCAACGUGAGGAGAGCCGGCAGGAGCUCCUCUCUGCGCCGCCAGGAGUGGAGGAUGAAGAGAGUGGUGUACAAGCCCCCCUUCCGUCAUCAUCUUCCGGACUGUAUCUGCAACACGACACAGACUUCCUCCAGCGACCACCACCACCACCACCUCCACCACCUCCACCACCACCACUACCUCCACCACCUGCACCACCACAAGGAUCCCCUCCGCCCCCGCUACAUCCUUCCCAAUCCCUAUCGUGACUCUGGCGGCAUGGAGUGAA